AUGCCGACCCUAUACUAUGUGGUCAAGAACGUCUUCACGCGAAGACGCCGCACGCAGUCACAAUUCACCUCGUCCCAGUUCGUCCUAUCCGCGGGGGCCAUCUCUUUCGAAUUCGUAGAGGACAGGCCAGAGAAGGUUCUCCUAGUGCACUACACGCGCAAAAACGAGUGGCUACUCGCGAAAGGCCGGAAAGAUCAAGGUGAAGACCUCGCCGCCACAGCCAUUCGGGAAGUCUUCGAAGAGACUGGGUACCGAUGCCAUAUACACCCCGUGCCUCGACUUCCGACGCGGGCUCCCCCUCCUGUCGAUCCCUCCGCGAUUGCGUUCCAGUCGGAUAUUGUCAGAAUCGUGGAAGGUGGCACGGAGCCGUUCAUGAUCACGAUUCGACCUACCAGCCUCAGCGAGGCGAAGCUUAUAUUCUGGUACAUCGGCAGCGUCGACAUCGCUGCGAGCGGGCAGGAAAGCGCACCAUCGGCUCCGGAACGCGGAACCCACAUGGCCUUGGAGGGCUUUGGAGAAGCCGGGCUCUAUCCUAUCGAGGAGGCCCUCCAAAUGCUGACAUACGAAGGCGAUCGCGAUCUGGUGCGCACGGCGGUAAACAUCCUCACCUAG